AGGAUUUCAUUAAUAAAAGUUAGUUUAACCAACACAAGAAAUUCUAAGAAAUCUAACAAACAAACACAAGUAACACUUUAGAACUGAUUUACUUAAUUUUUAGAGUAAAAAAAAAAAUCUAUUUUCAUUUUAUAAUUUUGGGGAAAUUUCUCUCUCCUCCUCCCUAUACGGCUAUAUCCCCUGCGCUUUGAACGUAAAAAUGUAAGAUUCCGACAAUCAUACCUUUUCCGGUGACCUCAUUUUGAAGAAUCACUGAUCCUAAAUUUGAAGGUUAGUAAUUUUACUCUGAUGAUCUUGUUCAAAUCAAGUGUUUAUUUUCAUCUGGGCAUGUGUUAUUUUCUGCAAUUAUCAAAGUUUAAUUGAAUAAUUUUGCCAUUAAACAUUGAUUUGAGUAAUGGGUAGUGAUUGAUUUUUGAGAGCAAUAUAAAAUUAUUACAUGAAUUAUGAUUCCUCCUCCAUUAAAGAGAAAAAAAUGGAGUGAGGCAGAGGAAAAAACACUAAUUGAUAGAUAUGGAGAGCUUAUCUUAAAUGGGAAUUUGGGAAAGAUGAAAACUAGGGAGAAAAAAUUUAGACCUAUUGCUUUUUAUGUGAAUUCAAUGCACCAUGAUAGGGACCCAAUUGCAUUUCCAUGGCAAUGGACAUGGAAAGAUGUGUCCACCAAGGUGCAAAACAUGAGGCAUCAGUAUUUGCUGGUUAAGCAAAAGAUUAAGAAGCCGGAUUCGGAUUCGCCUUUGGGAAGCAAUUUGGUGGGUAGUGGAGAGAAAUUUGAGUGGGAUGAUGGUGUUUCACAUUGGUCAAAUUUUCUAAGGUACAAGGAGGUAUUUGGGGAUGUGCCUUUUGUUUUUAGUAAUAAUCAUGAUGAUUCUAUGUUGGGAACGGCUAGUAACGAUGAGAAUGGUGGAGGGUUUUGUGGGAGUAGUCGAGGGGUGGAUAUGGUGGAUUUUGGCCAUUUAGGUCAUUCAGGAGAGGAGGAUUUUGCCGCGGGGAUUGAUGGUGGGGAAGACGGGGUCUUGAGUCUUGGUUUUGAGUAUGACGGGGAGGAAGGAGAAGAGAAUGUUAACAAUAGCAGUAACCAUUUAAAGAAUGAUGCUGAUGAAGAGUUAGCAUAUGAAGAGGUUGAGGCUAAUGGAUUGGAGUUGAGAAAGAAGAAGAAGGUAAUUAAGGGGUUUGAGAAGAAGGCUUGGAGUUUCUUAGCAAAUCAAUUGGGACAAUUGAGGGAAAUGGAAAUGCGGUUUGACCAAAAGGAGAUAGAACGGGAUCGAGACAGGCAAAGGAAGGAAAAUUUGCGUGUAGAGCGUGAGAGAGAAAGGGAUAAGAUGUGGCAAGAGAGGGAUAAAGAAAGGGCAAAGAGGGAGAAGAAUAUGGAGGAGCUGAGGAAGCGAACAUUAGAAGAAUGGGAAGCCAUGGAAAAGGAAUGUGAAGAAAGGGAUAGCAGAAGAAGAGAGGAGCUGUUGAUUCAGGAGAGGGAAUGGGAAGAGAGGAUGAAUUUGAGGAGGUCUGAGUGGAAAAAAAGGAUGGAUGACAUGUUGAAUCAGCAUCGAGCUGAAAUGGGACAGAUUCAGUCCCGGAUACUGCAUGAACAACAAAAUCUCACAACUCAGUUGCUCACAAUUGUUUCACAGUGGUCAGGCCAUCCUAGUGGGCUCUCUGAUCAUGCAGGAACGAGCAGUCAUUAUCUUUCACAAGUGAUGCCUAAUAUGCACCAUGUGAACGGCAUGAUUCAUGAUGAUACUAGGGUUGAAGGAGACAACCAAGAUGAUCAAUUCAUAGUUGAUUGAUGAUCCUGAUGCUUCUGCCCCUUUUUGCAGCUGUACUCCAGGGCAGAUAUAUUUCUUAUAUGUGAGGAUAUUUCUUAUAUGUGAGGAUAUUUGCAAUGGCAAAAUGUAGAGUAAGAGAAUUCGGCUGUAACAUUGUAAAUUGAUUUGAAAUAAAAUUCCUUGUUUCCUUUUUCA